AUGUGCCAAGUUACCUUCUCCAUUGGACGACAAUAUGCGUGCGAAGUGAUGUGCGAUGUCUUGGACCUGGACGUAUGCCACUUAAUCCUGGGGCGUCCUUGGCAAAUCGAUGCUGGAGUGAUUUAUGAUGGGCGAGCUAAUGUCUACUCACUAGACUGGAAAGGAAAGCGCCUCCGCUUAUUACCGGGCUCCCGCGACGGCAAAACUUCAAAUGCAAAUACAUCCUCUGCUGCCAUGAUGCAAAUAGUCACUGGCCCUACUCUUCUAUUAAAUUGGAAAGAUGAAUCAGCUAUGUGGGCCCUAGUCACUACUGAUGUCCUCACUUCCCAAGUAACACCUGCUCCAAAAUUAGUUGAAGGAUUACUGGAAGAAUUUCGGGAUGUAUGUCCAAGUGAGCUACCAGCAGCACUUCCGCCUUUACGCUCCAUCCAGCAUCAAAUUGACUUCAUACCGAACGCCUCCUUACCAAAUCUCCCGCAUUAUCGGCUGAAUCCGACAUAA